CAUUAUUGUUGGCAGUACUGCUAACAAUACAAAAGAAAAGUCAAGCGACAGAGCCUAGAGAUGAAAAUACGCCUUCAGAGUUCCCUAAAUGACAGACUGGAAAAAACUAUUCACCCUCAAUUGUGAUUCUACCAACCACUCAAUACGUCUUCUCUUGCUGAGGGACUUCCUGUUAUGUUAACGUCUUUCAGAACUGAAGAACUAUGCUUUAAAUCUGCAGAGAGAAUAGAGCCAAAAGAAGACUGGAAAUGGUUUGCGCCAAAAGGAGCUACAAAUGAAGCAACACAUUACAAGAGGCACCAUUCUCUGGCAUCUAAAUACUACAAUGGUGAAUUUAAAUAACAACUCAGUGAAUGAGUCACAGUGCAAUCCACCAUAUGAGGACAGUAAAGAUUUUGUCGUUAUAUUGUAUAGCUUAGUCCUGGUAAUUGGACUGCCAGCUAAUUUCUUGACUGUAUGGUUGACACUUCUACAAAUAUGUAGAAAGAAUGUAUUGGCCGUGUAUCUGUUUAGUCUAUCACUAAGCGAACUCAUGUACCUCGGGACCCUUCCUCUAUGGAUCCUCUACGUGAAAAAUGGACACAAGUGGCAGUGGGGACCUAUGGCAUGCAAGAUUACAGGAUAUAUCUUUUUCAACAACAUCUACAUUAGCAUCCUCCUCCUGUGCUGCAUUUCUGUGGAUCGAUAUUUGGCCGUGGAAUAUGCACUGGAGUCCAGAGCGGUGCGGACACAGAAAACGGCCAUCAUUGUCACUGUUGUUGUAUGGACCCUGGUGGCACUUAUCCACUGUCCAGUCUUCAUCAUCAGCGACGGUAACCAAACGGACAACCAACAAACGUGUUUUGAAACUUUACCAAUACCGCUAUACAUAGCUCAUUUCUAUGUAGCCAGGUUCCUCAUUGGAUUUUUCAUCCCUUUAUCAACUCUAAUUUAUACUAACUAUGUCAUAAAGAAGAGGAUCGAAAAAAGUCUCAGCUUCACGGACAAGCAGAAAAAUAAAGUCAAAUGUUUAGCUAUAGCCAUAAUAACCAUAUUUCUGAUCUUUUUCGCUCCGUAUCAUAUUAUACUGCUGGCCAGGGGUGUUUCUUACUACUUAAAGGGAGAGUCAACAAACUUUUGUGAUUUUGAAGAGAAAAUGUAUACUGCGUAUGCUGUGUUUCUUUGCCUGGUCACAGUAAACAGUGUGGCGGAUCCUUUUAUCUAUGUACUAGUCAGUGAGAACGUAAGGAAGGACAUCUGUAGAGGCAUGAGGGGUUGGAGAAGACAGCUUUCCAUUACCAGGAGUAAAAGUAAUUUCCCUCACACGCAAAACUCCAGAGAUCUGCUCAAAGAGUCCUCUACACACAGGGGAAUAAUGGAAUGCAGGACAGGUUGCGCUUCGAUGGAUUAAUUCGCCAUAAAAAAAGAAGCCAAUUCGGUGAUCAACUUUUUGUGUUAUAUUUAUGUCCUGUUUAUUUAAGAAAAGAGAAACAAAACGAUAUAUAUUAUAUGAAAUACA